UGUUCAAAUUUCAUCAAAUAAUGGCAUUUUAUGGAAGAAUUUAAUGACUAUAAUAUAUCGCCAAGAAUCUCCGAAUAAACCUUGGCUUAUUGAAUUACCAAAAGAUGAAGCAAUCAAACUUUAUUUAGUUCGUAUUCGAUUAUUUCAACGAAUAGCAACAGAAUGGAUAUCAAAUUGGAUACUUAAUAAAUUUGAAAUGAUAUCACAACAAUUACCUAAACAAUGGAUUAGUAAUGGUUCUUCGAUUACAAAUAUUUGCAAUUAUAAGUAUGCUAAAUACAAACUGUUACCACAAUUCUUAUAG